AUGGAGGCCGCACUGAAGAAAUUGCUGGAAACUAUGGAGCGCCUCGACAUCACCUCAGCAAAAUUCUGCGCGGCGAGGGGACACGCAGAGUCGGCAGCCUACCUGGCAGCGAGGGGCGUGGCGAUCCCGACCGCCGGCAUUGGACAAUGGCGGGUGCCCCCGUUUGGACAGCUGAGCACACCGCCGCAACCAAACAGAGAGCUCGAGGUCGACACUGUCGACGGAGCAGAAGACGAGGAGCGGAAGGCCCCGGUUUGGAAAGGAUGCACGCCGGCGCGAGAGCCCGAGCCUGAGUGCGGCAAGGAAGAGGUCACCAAGGAGGAGGAAGUGGUCGACGAUGGUGGCGCGGAAAGGUGCCGCGGGGAACCCGAUCUCAAGUGCGACAGUGAAGGGGUCAGCGGCGACGCCGAGGUAGAGCAGCUCCUGAACGGCGACGAUGACGUGGACGCCGACAGAAAGGAGGACCAGGCCGCGGCAACGAAGGACAAGGCGAGGAAAGGAACGCCGACGCCUGCCGUGGGUGCCGGCACAGAGAAAAGCGGCACGAGAAAAGCUUCUGCAGGGGCUGCGGCCAUGAAGGAGGUAACGAAUACGACACCGAAGCCAGCAGCGGACAAGGAGCCUGCGCGCGACCUCUGCGUGAGCGGCAAACGCGGCAUGUUGGUGUCCUCCAACACCGUCGGUAACUCCAGCACGCCAGCUGCACGCUGUUUCGCCUCCUUGACUACGAGCACCGCCGAAGAAAAAAACAAACGCGUCCAGCACCUGCAUUGCAGCGAACGGCACGGAAAGGUGAUCUCUGUCGAGUGCACGGGGAGGGGGGCCGGUGACGCCCUGCAGCUGCAAGACGGCAGCUGCCGCGUUGGCGGCCACGAGGACCACGGGCGACGUCAAGGAAUACGGUGA